CAAACCAAGGCUAGUAGGCUACGGACUUUGUUCGGUAGCCUGCUUGCUACUUGCUAAUCAGUAGGCGAUGUACCACAUUAUUGUUUUCCAAAAAACAAAUGAAGUUGAGGUGGCUGCAGUGAAGUGGGUUGAGGAAAGAAGCAUGUGGCCUUCAGCAGCUGCAGGCUGCGUCACAACGACCUUCACAUCCAAUGAUUACCAUGAGACAAGGUGGAAACGUCCUGCAGCCGUGAGAAGCAGCGACGCUGGAACAGAUGAUGAUUCUCCAAUCAAACACAAAAGAAGAAAAAGCUCUGCUCCAUCACCAUCAAGCUAUCAUAGCUCUGCUCCAUCACCAUCGAGCCACCAUAGCUCUGCUCCAUCACCAUCGAGCCACCACCCUUCUACACCAUCUCCAGUGACGCAGCAUAACUCUCCACCGUCUCCAGGAAUCCUCCGUUGUUCUUCCCGUCUUCAUCUCUCACUCCUCAAAAAUAUUUUAAUAAACCAGGAAGUUAUGAUGGAUCAGAUUAAAAUAAUUUACAAAACAAUCCAAGGACUAGAAACUCCAUCUGAAGAUGAGUUCUUACUUUCCUCUUUCCCUCUAAACGAUCAACAAUCUGUUGAACAGAUGGAAGCUGAACUUCAUGACAACCCUGAACUUCACAAGCAUCUGAUCACAGCUCUGGCUUUAAAGGGUGGAGGAUCACUGACUGAGUGUGUUGGAAGGAUUAUGGCAGCGCUCUUCACACACUCACUCAGCAAGCAGAUUAACUGGCGCGGUGUGAACGGGAAGAUCGGAUUCCAGCAUCUUCAAAUUAAAAAACUUGUGACUGUGGCUGUGCGGCGCAAUCGGCUCACCUCAGCGGCGACUGACAAGGAGAUCGAUGUGAGAAUCACCAAAUGGCUGCAGAACGCCGCCGAUCGCAACGGAGGGAGAAACGAAAGGAGGAAAAGAAGGAAAGUCUGAGCGUCCAGCAUGGAGGAGACUUUAAGGUCUAUACAUAUACAACAGUGUGUGUGUAUAUAUAUAUAUAUAUAUAUAUAUAUAUAUAUGUAUAUGUAAAUCAUAAAUUAUAUACUGUAUAUAUAGUUUGGUGGCACAUGGGCCCCAUCUGGUAAACCAGCCCUGCUCCAUGGGGGCCCAUCGUUCAUUGCACCAUGAGGACCAGAUGUUAGUACCAGCUGGGGGCCACAUCCGGCCCAGAACCCUUUAGCUAUGUGGGGUCAGGAAGAAGGGGUCGUGGCUGAACUCUGGCCUUUGACCUCUGAAUGGUUGAUGCAUUUUAAAACCUAAAGAUGAAAUAAAAAGCAACAUGUUUCUGUAUAUAUGACCACAAUUCUCUCCAGAGUUAAAAUCAACAACAGUUUAAUGAAUGUUUGCUUCAUCCUUCUUCAUCUAACAGGGAUGAUGGCGCCACCUGGUGGCCAUAGACAUCAUAUCAUUUCCACCACUGAGGUGUUUUUAUUUUCUACUGUCCAAACUUUAGUCAGUUAAAUUAAAAAAUGGAUUUAUGUGAAUCAACACCUGGAGGAGAAUAAAUACUGGAAAAAACUUGUGGAAACAUAUUUAACAAUUUAACAAAUGUUUAUAUUUUUUAUUUUAAUCUUUUAUUUUCAUUACAGUGAUAAACUCUGUUCCCAUUUCAUGUCUUUGUCUCAGCGUGUUGGAAAUUUUGUUCUGUUUUACAACCAAACGCCUGGAAAUCUCUAAGUUUUUGAUUUGUUGUUUUCAGUGAAGUGUUGUAGUUUGUUGUAGUUUUGGAUGUUUGGGAGUUUUUCCAUGCACUAAACCUUCAGACUGAAGAGCUGCAGAGACAAUCCUGAUUGUUUAAUGAUAUGAUUAAAGACAUUCUGGAGAAAUAAUAUUAACAUUUCCACUGAAACAAACUGUGUUGUUUGCCAAGAUCUGAGCAGUAACCAUUUUUCACUUAUUGAAAUAUUUUUAACCUGAAGGAUCCAAAUAGAUCAAAUAUAAAUCCUCCUUUCACAACAUUUGACAUAUUAAACUCUCCAUCAGUAGAUCAUACACA